AUGGAACACGUACAAGGGAGGCGGCCGCACGCUCCAGGAAGACCUGAAGGCGAAAUACCUAAAGCAGAGAAGGGAGAGUACCCGGUGCCCGAGAGGUACGAAGAACACGACAACGAAGAGCUGGACCGGCCGUUUAUCAUGACGGAACUGUGGACAGCGAUAGAUGAAAGUAACAAGAGAAGUGCACUCGGCAGGGACGCCAUAACUUACAAACUACUCGGUAACAUGAGCGGCACAGCGGCCCGCGGCCUCCAAGAGCACAUCAAAGUAGCCUGGGAGAGCUGGAGGUUGCCGAAGCAAUGGAAGGACGCCGAGGUCCGAUUCAUUCCAAAGUCCGGCAAGGCCCUCACGAUAGACAACAUGCAGCCCAUCUUCCUCACGUCCGGCGUGGGGAAGCUGAUGGAGCGCAUGGUCCUUCGCCGGCUGCACAAGCACCUCGAAGAAACAGAUCAGAUGCCGGAGACAAUGUACGGCUUCAGGCAACAUCUCAGCACCCAAGACGUGAUAAUCCAACUCCACGAAGUGGUCGCCAAGCCGGCAACGAGGCACGUGCAGCGCGGGAUACUCGCCCCCGACCUGUAG